CUUCGUCGGCAGAGAUUUGACUGUCGUUCUGAACUGUAGGAACCAGGUACUUGGCUGCUCUUGCCGACUCUCUGUCCCUUCUAGCACACGAUGUACUAAGUAGCUCUCGCUUGAACUGUGAAGGAAGCCAUCUGGAGCUUUCGAGUUUGGAUACUGGCAAGUUUACCUAUAAACUGUCAACAGCCAAUGUAAUCUUACUUUUCGCUUCUCUUCGACAGCCUUUUCUCGUUUGUGCCGCCAGCAGAAGAUCACGGAUGUGAUUCCACCGUCCCACCACCACGCCAUGCAUCCUGCGGCGAUACAGCUGCUUGAGGCGGUGCACUCUGCUGGUGUUGAGGGUCUGCUUGAACCUGGAGUUAGCUGGACGACGAGUCGAGUAGGACUCUCAGUCUCAGUCGGAGCCAAGAUUGACUGAUUGGAUUUGUCGCGUGCGCUGUCAAAAAGUUUUCCUCUCAGUACAGUAGCACUACUCCACUAGUAUAGUGUAGUAGUCGCCUCUGACGUGUGACUGUCCCUUUCAGCUAUCACGAGAGAAGCACUGGCUCCGCGACUAGAGUUCCUGUGGAGGGCGACAGACUCUGGACCUCUCUCUAGCUCUGGUGGUAUGCCGGUGAUGCGACACUGUGUGCAUUGAAAUCUACACACUGCGCGCCAAGGUCCACACCUGGCUGAUGCGAGGUGUGCGCAGACUAGAUCCUUGUCAAUGUCUGGGCAGAUCUAAUGAAGUCGUGAAGUGGUGUACUCAAGCCGAGUCAAGUCAAGACAAAGCCGUGUUCUCUGAAAACGAUUGUCGUGCAGGCUCAUGAGCUCAGACCUGCCAGGGUGGCCAUCUACUAGAGUCGAGAGUUUAGCUUUGUCUAGUCCGAGUAGUAGGCCUACAGUCUGCACUGCCCUCGGGUGGGUUUGUGUUUGUGUGGGCCCAGUCUUUCGCGACGUGCUUUUCGUACUGUACUUUCUGCAGUGCAUGCAUUGCAUGCAGUGCCGUGGUGGUGCGCCGCAGACUGGCGUUCCGUUUGUCUCGGUGACUGAGCGCCAGUCCGGAGAGACCUGGCCGCGUCACACGAUGUAGCUGGAGACUUGGCGAGCCGAAUAUCCGCUUGUGCGCGCGCGUGUGCCAAAAACCAGUCUAUCGCGGUGCAUGCAGUAGAGUGUGCUGACUGUAGAUCUAAGAGUGACUACGGUCUAGACCGAUCAAUGCCUGGCCAGAGCUAGCGUUUUCAGUAGGUGCCGCUGAAAGGUGACAGUAUGAUAACUUCUGCUGUCUGAAACGCUGUCUGCAGCACGCUCGAACUACUUUCUAUUUUGGCCCCGGAGCGAGCUUUGCUCUGGCCCGACUGCCGCGUUGUCUGGCCUGGACUCGGCAACUCAUUGGCUUGAAUCAUGGCCGAUGUCGACCGCUCCAGUUCCGAAGAGACAGAUGAAGAGCGAGACCCGCACUCGCACCCACAGCGCAUCAGGCGCACUGGGGAAUUGCGUAGCAGCAGCACCACCACCAGUCGCCAGCGCAAUCUCUCGGCAGUGGCGGUGGAGUCGGUCCGUAGAAGGUCUGACGAAAGCCACCCAGUGGCCGCGACAGGCCGUAGCGAGCCAGAGCGAGGGACGAGCGAUUCUCGUUCUGUCGAGAGCACAAGCGGCUGUCCCGGGUACGUUACUCGCAGUCGUAGCUCGGCUGGCAUGAAUCCGUCCGCAGUAAGCAGCCGUCCUAGUGUUGUCGGAGGCGCGGGCAGCAAAUCUCGGAGCACGGCAGCUCGGUUCCGAGUCGGUGACGAGGUCCUCGUGCGCUGGGGAAAGGACGGACGGGUGUAUUUCGCUACGGUGAAGUCCGUUCGAGGACCCCAGGGCGACAAGGAGUUAUCGUAUGCUGUGGCGUUUGAGGACAAAACCAGGUAUACAGCUCCGGAGUCAGACGUUUUUCCGGUGGACGCCCCAGCAUCAGUCUGCGAUUUGUGCACGGUGUGUGAGAGCAGCAAGGGUGACGCAAAGAACAAGCUUGUAGCUUGCAACGGCUGUGAUGCACUGUACCAUCAGCUCUGCCACUCACCCCCAAUCAUUGACCAGUACCUGAAAGAGCCGGGCCGCUGGCAGUGUCGUAAGUGUUUCGUCGGCCGCGAGGGCCAGGAGAUCCGGGUUACAGGUCCUGGCGACACUGAUCAGCGGGACCAGCAACACCGCCAGGACCCUGGCCCCCGAUUUCCGAGCAACGCACACACUGCCGCCAUCGGUGAGCAGAUGCAUUACGAGAUGCCGGACAGCUGCUACAAAAGCGAGCUACCAACAGCCGGCGGGCAGAUGUGUGCCAGCCCUUCGCCUGGCCAUGGGAUGCAAGCGCCGCUCGCCUACGCGAGCAUGGGCAGGGACACGGGCAGGGGCAUGACCGCCAGGACGGCGCCCAGAAGUGUCCACGCACCGCCGAUCAUGCGCGGCAGGGAGUCCGCGUACGCGUCGUCCGUGCCACAGCACCAACCUCCUCUACGUGAACACCAGAGGCAGACGUCGGGUGAACAACCUCGACGUGCAUAUCAGAGGGAGACGUCCAGCAACCAACCUCGACGUGAACACCGAAGGGAAAUGUCCGCAAGCAACCAACCCGAACGUAAAUACCAGACGGGGAUAUCAGGUGAUCAACCCGGACGUGAAUACCAAAAGGACAUCGGCGUACCUCGGCAUGAAUACCAGGAGGAGAUCGACCAACGUCGACGCGAACACCAGAGAGCGGCGUCGGUAGGCCACCAGUCUCAACACCCACACCAGAGGGAGGAGGCUUCAGUAGGCCGUCAAUCUCGACAUGCACUCCAGAGGGAGGAGGCUUCAGUAGGCCGUCAAUCUCGACAUGCACUCCAGAGGGAGGAGGCUUCGGCAGGCGGUGGUUCACUACCUCCACCGAUGUACUCACCAUACGGCGAGCGCUACGACGUGAACAAGCGUCGCGAGCCCGUACCAUCACGACAGCCGGCGUACGCUAGAAACCGGCAUGCGGCCGCCGCGUUCAACCAGCAACAGGGUAUGUACAGGACGAGCAGCAUGAGCAGCACUGGGAGCGCUGGCAGUAGCACGGGAGUCAAUACCACUGUCCACUACGCUGGUGCUGCUCGGCAUGACCCGAAGCUCCAAACGCCGGGCCAAGGUGGGAGGACGCAUGGCGGCGCGUGGCACCCGCCGAGGCAUCGGCAACCCACCAGUCCAGUACUGCUUCCCAUCAGUCAGCCGUUUGGCAGAGCUGCCGCGCCGGGACAGGUUGCCAUGACGAGCACGCCGAGUGCCGCCGGCAACGGCGACUCGGACGACGAUCUGAUCAUCUUCGACCCGGCCGUGGCCAGCGAAACACUCUACAAGCAGUGUUUCGCAAAGGGGCCUGGCGCCCGUACGCACAGUCGUGCCAGCGGAGAACGUCAUUCCGCGCAGCACGGCUCCUCCGACGAGAGCACUCCACCGAAUUCGGACUCGGAGACGCCGAGCGCUCGUCGCAGCCGCCUGCCUCAAGCGUGGAACAGUGGCGCAGCCGGGCAGAGCCCAGCGGCAGCAAGUCAGUCAUCUCUGCGUCACCAUGGUAGCAGCGGCGGCGGUGUUGCCGGUGUCCGCGGCAGCGCGUUCCAACCGAGCGCUGCGGUGGUGGAAGACGGUUCAAGGUCGUCUGCCGCCCCAAGUCCCGCACCGCCGCGCCUGUCACCCGUUCGUGGACUUGAGACGGCUGCGGCUAAUAAAUCCAGUGAUCACACUGCCAGACCUUCACCGCUGCAGCCCUCGGCAAGUACUGAAGAGACACAUCGCUCAGCUUUUAAACCGGUUUCAAAACGGUACGUCGGUCGAGAACGUCUCCACCCAACGCACGGAGUGCGGCCCUGGAACGACGAUGCGUCCCACCGAGCGUCGUCGGUCAGGGCGGAAACGGAAACGGACGGACACAUCUCGCAGUCUAGCGCCGAUCAGCGAGGGGAAGGUUGGCAGCGCAAGAGUCCCGAUGACGGCACCACCCAAGCUAAUCGCCGUAGCAGAUCGCCUGUCGAUCCCACGUACGUGGCCAGCGGUCAAGCCUCAUCACUGCUGACAGCGUCAACUAGAUCAUCCACAUCACGGUCGGAGAGCAAAGUGUCUCCGGGUGAUUCCGUCGACAGCUUGGUCCCUCGCCGUGCACAAGACGACGAUCAGUUCGUCAUACCGGGAAUGGAUGCCAGUACCGCCGACUCGCCAGCCCCUGGUGGGGUCCUGAGACACCGCGUCGUGCCUCUGACCUGCAUCUACUCCCAGGACGAAGAGGAACGGGACGAGGGGUCCUCUGCCAACGAGACAUCUCAGUCAGGAGCCGAUAAGACCAAGGCACGCCUGACCAAGAAAGGUCGAAUGGAGCGGCUGGAGGAGCUCGAGUCCGAGACUGCAACCCGGGAUUUUCUGCGGGAUAAGUUCCGGGAGUCCCGCCAGCAGUUCAGCAGAUACUCUUCCGACUCUCCCACGGGUAUAGGGGGAUUUCCCCAUCCGCCCGGCAGACAAUCAAGCACCAGCGUGCAGGGGACUUAUGCGGGUGCAAACACGCCUCAAGUCGCGCAGUACAUGUCUGCUGCACCUAUGCUCACCAGUACCCAACGGCCUGAACCGAUGAUGCCUCCGCCACUGUCUCUGCCACCGCAGCCGUACGGAGAUCCUACGCUAAGGCAGCAGACGGCUCGCCGGCAGGACGUUCUGGAGCGGGACGCAGGUUUCCCCUCGCCGUCCGACUCCGGAAUUCUGUCCGCAGGGGCGCCUCUGAUGUCCGCACCGCCUCACCAAACAGGAGGACACAUUUCGGAACAGCACGAACACCGUCGACUGCCUCGCGAGCAGCAGAGCCCGAGCCCGUCCUACUUGCAAGAUGACGACCCAGCUUACCCAGCUUACUUUCCUGAGCCGGAGGAUCACCACGGGCGCAAAGAAACUGUGAGUCCAGACCUGCUAUCAUCGGAGCCGAGCAGGUCGGAGCAGAGCAGCGCUGCGCGUGGACACCGGAAGCAGUACUCGAGAGGGCUCGGCGCCCGGGCGAAGCGCUUCAAAACGCACCUCAGUGCGGGCCCUGCAGCAGCCAAGAACGUACCGUUGCACGCAGCAUCCCCGCUGUCCGCAAGAAGCCCGGGAAACGCGGGGCUUCUGAAGGGCCUGAACUUUCCCACGACCAAGCCCUACAGCGACGAGGAGAUCGCCUUGCUCGUCCAGCAUCUUAACAGGACGCGGCGCGUGACGGCCGCCGACCUGGUCAACUCGGCGCGGGGCCGCGUGGGCCCGACGUCUCAGCCCUCGUCAUCACCGGCGACCGUAGCAGCACGCUUGCUCGCCAACAGACAGCACCAAGCGACGGCGGCGUUGGCGGGAAAGUCUGCUGCUGCUGUUGCUGCUGCCGUGCCGAAGAAGCUCAACUCGGGCGGGAUGCUGGUGGACGCACAGUGGCCCAUGAGUGCGCCGCUGGCACAGCCCGCACUCUACCCGCGACACUGUAGCCUGCGAUCGCUGGCCCACGGGCACAGGCGGCAGCUGGAGAUGCUGGCCAGUCCGUGCGAGCGCCACAAUGUCGCGCGCUGGCACAGCAACGAGCUGGUGCAGCUGUUCGACCUCUCUUACGAGGUGUGCAUGCGCCGCAUCCUGGAACACGGCGUGGCGUAAGUGCUGUUAGCUCCAUGCCUGGCUGGGUUCUCUUACAUCAUGAGUGGAUGUCCCCUCCUUGGCUGGAUUCUCUUACAUCAUGGUUGGAUGUCCCCUCCAUGGCUGGAUUCUCUUCCACCAUGGUUGGAUGUCCCCUCCUUGGCUGGAUUCUCUUCCACCAAGGUUGGAUGUCCCCUCCUUGGCUGGAUUCUCUUACACCAAGGUUGGAUGUCCCCUCCUUGGCUGGAUUCUCUUCCACCAUGGUUGGAUGUCCCCUCCUUGGCUGGAUUCUCUUCCACCAAGGUUGGAUGUCCCCUCCUUGGCUGGAUUCUCUUACACCAUAGUUGGAUGUUAUCAAGAUAGACAUGAUGGUACUCAGCCCAUGCAUGUUUACGUUUAAAAAGCACUGCCUUUCGAAAAUCUAACCAGAUGAUGAUUGGGCACUGCGUAGUCUUCAACCACCUCCAAGUAUCCAGCUUAUAUUAUUAUAAUUACGGUGUUAAGAAAAACACGCUUUGUUUCAACUUGUGGUGAUGCACCACUAGGGUUAUGCAAUUGGUAAACAUUAUAGCAUUAGCUGCAGGAAUUGCCCGUGCUAGCACCUGUUCUGUCGUCAAAGUUAUUUAUUAUCCGUCUGGCAUAUCUCUCAAUCCGUUAGUAGACCUCCACAUCCCCCAGUUUUCUCAAUACUAGGGAGGACCGAUUCAUUAGGGUUUUUCCAAUUGCCAUACUUGAGGUACUAACCGUUAGCUCGGGGUAAAUCUCUCGACUUCUCUUGUCGAUAUCACUAGCUUGAGGAUGAGCUGUCGAUUGCUUUGGCCGUUACUUGAGAUAACAGUACCUCUUACUCUCUUUUUCA